AUGACAACAUUUCUAUGUUCUUUAUUGGCGGCUCAGUUGCUAAGAGGUGUGAUUCCAUUUGAGGAUGAAGAUGGAAACGUUCAAGAUGUAUCUUUCUAUGACUUGGCAAAUGCUUUUAUCGGUAUGUACGUGAUAAGUUCGACAGAAAAUUGGACUACCAUGUUGUAUGCUGCCACUGAAUCAGCAGGGUCAGUAGUGGCUGCAGCUUGUUAUGCUGCAUUUAUAAUCAUAUGGUUCAUAUUUUCCAACUUCAUUGUGCUUAAUAUGUUCGUUGCUGUAAUUACGGAGAAUUUGGAAGUGGGUCCAGAUGUGAAGAGGAGAGGCCAAAUAAAAGAGUUUGUAGAGCAGUAUGCAAAGCAGAUGAAUGAACUGGGCAGUGCAAACACAAAUGGCAUCAAGGUGAUAAGAGGAUUCAUAAACAAAGGAAAGCGAGUUCUAAGCCACAAAAAGGUCACCAAAUCCGAAAGUAUAGAGUCAGGAGAUGCCGUUUUCAACAUGCUGUUAGAUGGAAAAGUUGUAGAAGGUUUCUUAGAUGAAAAAGAGGAGUCCUAUUUCGACCAGGAUGUUAACGAUAUUGAUUUCAGAGGUAUAUUCCAUUUUUUCAAAAAGGUUUUUGGUAGAUCCUCAAAGAAAGACAACGGGAAAAUCAAAGAGGUGAAUCCAUUCAAGGAUCCGUCCAUCGCCAUACCUGAAUCAAAGAAUGCUGCAGAUUUUGCCCAUGAGUAUAUACGGAGUAAAUCGACUAGGGACGAGCUUUUCAAGACGUACUUGGAGAAAAAUCCGAAGUAUGAUAAGGCGUUGUAUCUUUUCUCACAAGAAAGUAAAAUCCGGCGUUUUUGUCAGCGAAUAGUAAAUCCAAGCUUAGGUGUGAGAUCGAAUGGUGUAUACCCCAAACCAAUAGUCGGAGUGACAUUUUGGACGUUGAUGUUACUGGCAACUAUAGGAAUGGUGGUGCUGUCUUGUGUGAAUACUCCUCUGUAUUUUAAAGACUACACUGAUCAACAUGGAUUAUCCGCCCGUAAUUGGGUAACCUAUACGGAUGCAACGUUUGUAGCUGUAUUUACUGUCGAGGCAAUCGUAAAAGUUAUUGCAGAUGGAUUCCACUUCACACCGAAUGCAUAUACAAAAUCUAGUUGGAACAAUAUUGACAUGAUUGUGCUGAUAACUAUGUGGAUCACCCUAAUUAGUGAGUCGUUUUUCCAAGGUUAUGUAUCGAGGUAUGUUCGAUCUUUUGAAGCAUUCCGUGCACUGCGGUUGAUGACUGUCAGCGUCACCGCUCAGAAUACGUUUCACAGUGUGAUAAUUGUGGGUUUCGGGAAGAUUUUCGGUGCUGCACUCAUUUCCUUAUCGUUAUUGAUUCCAUUUUCAAUCUGGGGCCUGAAUAUAUUUCAUGGUAAACUAUCGUACUGUACUGAUGGGAGUGUUAAUGAGUUUAGUGAAUGCGUAGACGAGUACUUGAGUACACCUUUCAAUUGGGAAAUUUAUACACCACGGGCCAUAACCAAGACCUAUUAUGAUUAUGACAACUUUGGCCAUGCAUUUCUUGUACAAUUUGAAGUUAUAUCGUUGGAAGGAUGGGUUGAUGUGUUGAAUUCUGUAAUGAGUAUUACCGGCUCUUCAACUAAUCCAGUUAGCUUUGCGUCACGGUACAAUGGAAUAUUUCCAAUGCUCUACAAUAUCUUGGGAACUAUUUUCAUCUUGACCCUGUUUAUUUCUGUUAUUAUCAAGAACUAUUCCCAAAACAGAGGAACUGCAUACCUCAAAGAUGAACAGUUGACGUGGUAUGAGAUUAAAAAGCUGUUAAGUGUUGUCCAACCGUCAUUCAGAGCUGUAAGAACUGUCCCUGGGUCGUUCAGGCAUAAACUUCAGAAAGCAGUUCAAACAAAAGGAUCCUGGUAUCAUAAGACAGAGACUGGCCUGCUUUUCAUUUUAGUUGUCGCUCUGGUCGUGGAAUAUUAUCCAACAGAUGAGGGUCAAACUUUGGCCACAAAAAUUCUGUUAUUGAUAACGACGGUGGCUUAUAUUUUGCAUUUUAUUGCCAAAUUCUAUGCCGUAGGGUGGCGAAAAUUUGGACGCCGAAGAUGGAACAUUUUUGGUUUUAUUGUCUCGGUGUUUGCCUUUGUCUUCACUAUUAUUGGUUCAACAGAAAAUGCAUCGUCGACGUUUUUCAAUUUCCAAAAGCUAGGUGUAACGGGUAUGAUUCUACUAUGGAUACCUAAAUCAUCACGACUAGACCAACUGUUUAAAACGGCAUCAGCAAGCUUUCGAGAGAUUUUCAACUUGCUAAUUACCUGGUUGAUUCUGUUUCUGGCUUACGCAAUUGCCUUCAAUCAGGUAUUUGGAUUGACAAGAAUUGGUCCCAAUGGAAGUGGCAACAUCAAUUUCCGGACUGUCCCGAAAGCACUAAUUUUGUUAUUCAGAAUGAGUUGCGGAGAGGGAUGGAAUCAGAUUUUAAGUGAUUACUUAGUAUCACCACCGUACUGUGUGGACGGUCCAAUGUUUUCUAAAUCUGAUUGUGGAAGUCAUCCAUUUGCCUACUUUUUAUUCAUUACUUGGAAUAUCCUAUCAAUGUAUAUUUUCGUUAACAUGUUCAUUUCGUUGAUUUUCGAAAAUUUCAGUUAUGUUUUUCACCAUGGAUCUUCCCACAUCUCGAAAAAGGAUAUCAAAAAAUUCAAGGAUACCUGGGAAAAGUACGACCCUGAAGGUACUGGCUACAUUUCUAUAAAGCAGUUGCAUUCGUUUCUCCGUCAGUGUGAUGGAUAUUUCAGUAUGAAAAUCUACGACGGCAAAUUCACUGUUCCAAAUAUUCUCGCUAGCUCACGUGCCCGUAAUCCUGAGGACCCGUAUGAUGUUGAUGUAGUUGCCUUGAAUAGUGUGCUAAGAACGAUUCCGUUUGGAGAAUAUGCCAAGAAACAAGCCAUUUAUGAACUUUUCUGUGCAGAGGCCUUCGAAAAAGCUGAUCCUGAGUUAGGAAUUUCAUUCAACUCACUUCUUCUUCAGUUUCCUCUGUACAAAACUAUGGACUAUGGUCGUUGUUUAAAGUAA